UAAAAUUAUUAAAAAGGGGAUUAUUUUAUAGGGAAUAAUUUUUUACACAUCGUUUCUAUCUCUAGAACCGCCGUUCUCCAUCUCUUUUCGCUGUUCUCUUCUCUUUCUCUAAAACCGACAAUCAAUCGGACUUAGGUCUUCGGACGACGCCAAUCAGGCCAGUUCUUCGUCUCCUCCAACUCCACAUUAAAGCAUCCAGAUCCUUCAAAUCUCCCAUCUCCUCUAGCGCGAACUAGUUUGAUGGAGGCUGCAGCUUCUUCUAUUGGACAACAGAGUGCAUCCCGUUCCUUCAGUGGAGUGUGUGCAGUUGAAGACUUCGUGGAUGAAAUUAUAAAGAAACUUCAGGCAUUCCGUCAUAUUGAAGGUCAACCAAAAUAUGAUUCCGGGGUAUAUGCGUUUGCCAUAGAGGCCUCUUGUUCAAUACAAAAUUUAGUUCGUGGUCCCCCAAUUAUGCCGAGCCUGAUUCCUAUAGAGUUAUACAUUUUCAAAACAACCAUGAUGCACUCUAUAAGGAAACUCAUCGGCACUCCACGCAAUUCGGCCCCUAUAGUACCUGUGCAGAACACAGCUUUGCAGGACCAGGAAUUUGCAAAGGAAAUUUUUAUUGAUCCUGUUGGUGUUCCCGAUGAUGAUCUUAUUAUUGAUCCCAUAGAUGUUGUUCCUAUUACCAUUGCUGAUGGUGUUCUUGAUGUUUCUGGUGACGAUCAACAAGACCACACAGUCCAAGCAAAAUAUUCAAGUGAUGGUGUCAUUUUUGUGGAUGCACCGAAACAUUUGGGAUGUCAGAAAGUGACGUUGUUGUCCUUUAUGAUUCUGGGGAUGUCACGCAUGCUGGCAGGAUUUUUUUCGUAUUGGUUCUCUGGAGUUGUUUGUUUGGAAUUGUGAAUUCUUUGAGCUUGGUCGAUUCUUUUGAUGCUUCAUUCAUAAAGAGAAAAAGAGUGAGGCAGGGGAGAAGGGCAGUGACCGAAAUGAAACAAGGAUGCGUAAGAGUGCAGUAACCUAGGUGCGUUCAGUUACAGUGCCUUGGACACGAGGAGUUUAUUGGAUUCUGAUUUGCUUUGAUGCCACGAGAGGGAAAAAUAGACUCUCCGAUGUUGGAGUCAGGUGGGAGGGAUUGUAUAAGCACAGUCAAACAAACAAUAUACUCUGGAAACUAGCAUUUUGGCAUUUGGGACAUGUGCUGCACUCCCUUGGAGAUUUAGACUUUAGUCUUUUUAAUUUCAACAUUUAGAAUAUAGAGUUACAUUCCCUGUGUGUUUAGUUUGUUUUCAAUUUUGGAUUGUAGCAUGCCUGGGCAGUACACAGCCUGCUAAUGUAUUUUUUAUUCUUUUUAAUAAAUUUUAGUUUUCAUA